CAGGUGCUGGAUGAGCAGAACUGAACAAUGUCUGUGCCACGGGGAGCUGUCCACGCAAAAUGGAUAGUGGGGAAAGUAAUAGGAACCAAAAUGCAGAAAACUGCCAAAGUGAGAGUAACCAGGCUGGUGCUAGACCCUUACUUACUAAAGUUCUUUAACAAACGAAAAACCUAUUUUGCCCAUGAUCCCUUGCAGCAGUGUGUUGUUGGAGACAUUGUUCUGCUGAAAGCUCUGCCUGAGCGAAGGAGCAAACACGUGAAACACGAACUGGCUGAAAUUGUUUUCAAGGUUGGGAAAGUCAUAGAUCCAAUAACAGGGAAGCCCUGUGCAGGAACCAGAUUCCUUGAAAAUCUGUCCGAUUCAGAAAAUCUGACAGAGGCAGAUACUACCUAUCUAAGUGAAAAACUCCAGGAACUUAAAGUUUGUUCAACAGAAAAAUAGUUUGGGUAAUAUUUGAACUGAGUGCUUUCAGCUUUGUCUUUGUCAGGGCUGUUUGGAGCCUUGCUGUUGUAUGUUCAAUGUUUUUGUGAAAUUUGUAGUCAAAUAGUAAACAUAUAAGAACAGAUGUUACAGAUUGAUAAGCACCUCAAAUCUUUAAAUGAAAAUACAGAGAAAAUGUG